AUGGCCGAAAAAUGCACAGCCUUGACAACUCCAGAUACGGUGUGGUCAUUCUGCCCCUCUAUCGCAGGCGCAUAUAUAAUGAUGGUCGCCUUUGCAUUAACACUUGCUGCUCAUAUUUUCCAAGCCUUCUACCACAGAAAAUGGUAUUGCUUUGUAGUUAUUAUGGCAGCUAUUUGGCAAACUGGCAGCUACAUCUUUCGCAUUCUAAGUAUUCACAAUCCCGCCAGUGAGGGGUUAUAUUCCCUUUGGUUCAUCUUGUUGUUGGUUGCACCAAUCUGGACUAACGCUUUCGUGUACAUGGCCUUCGGACGGAUGGUGUGGAAUUUCACUGACAAGGCUAAUAUUCUGGGAAUAAAACCGUGGAGGUUUGGAAUGUAUUUCGUUAUUUUGGAUAUUAUUUCAUUUCUAGUCCAAAUUUAUGGAGGCGCUCGUGCGAGUCAGAGUAAUGUGCCUACAUCGACAGUCCUGGAUGGGCUGCAUAUCUACAUGGCUGGACUUGGCAUCCAACAAUUUUUCAUCCUCAUCUUCUGCGUCUUUGCAUAUUCGUUCCAUCGAACAAUGAACCAUGAGGGUAAUAAGCCUCGAAAAGCAUAUCUGUUGUUAUAUACAGUAUACGCAGAGUUAAUCCUCAUCACCACUCGAAUUAUCUUCCGUCUGUGUGAAUUCUCGUCCGGCCUUCACAGUACUAUUCCCAACCACGAGGCAUACCAGUAUCUUCUCGACUCCCUUCCCAUGCUUAUUGCUCUUGUUACAGUUAAUAUCAUUCAUCCCGGACGCAUCAUGCCUGGAAAGGGUGGAGAUAUGCCUAGUCGUAAGGAGCGAAAAGACGGCGUCAUAACCAAACACUAUCGCAGCAGAGAGGAGGUUGGUCUUAUGCCGAUACCCUCACGAGCAAGUGGUUCUUUUUGA